CCGUCGCAACCACAAUAGCCUACAAGAUGGGUGCUGAGUCCAGCACUUCGCUCGAUAGCGCCUCGAUGAAAUCCAUACGCUGGGACUUCAUUUUUCUUGGGAAGGCAUGCGCCAACUGGACCGGCCCAUUCAGGUUUCUCGAUCUCCCAGCCGAGAUGCGAGUGCACGUGUACCGCUACCUGCUCCCGCACAAUCUGGACAUCAGCUUCACCAAGAUAGACAAGGUCAGCUUUCAGUCGGGCUCUUUAGGCUACGCGGGGACGAGGUACAGGGUGCGGGCUUUCCCGGCUGUUGCUAGAUUCCCGUACCCAGUAGCUUUCCAUUUCAAGGACGGGGCCUCGUUAUUCCUGGUGGAUAAGUUCGUGUCGAAUGAAGCGCGCGCUGUUUUCUAUGGCGAGAAUUCGUUCACGUUCACAAUCGACGGCCUAUCCCACAAGCCCAUCUCCCUAUCCUCCCCGUUAAUCUUUGGACCCCUCGGCCUGGACCACCGUCUGCAUCUCCUGCGCAACCUGCGCCGCAUCCACAUCGACGUCAACAUCAACGCCAGCGAAUGGCGCUGGAACGCCAUACGCCAUCGAGCACGCCUGCAGCACUUCGUCAACAUCAUCAAGCAGCACGCGGACGACGAGCAGCAGAAGUCGCUGCUGAAGACGCUUACCGUGCUCAUAUGCCCCGACUGGGACACGAGCAACCACGUGGAGUUGUUCAUGUUCGCGCUGGAGAGCCUCGCGGCGCUGCGCGGCAUCGGAGAGGUGCAGAUUAAGGGCCCGCCCGACUGGUUCAAGCAGUGUCUCGAGACGUGUGUGCGCGGCGAGGGAGGCGAUGUGCAGGAGGUGGAGUGGCCUCUUGUGGAAGUCAAGCGCAGGAAAGACUGCGUGUCCAAGCCGAAGAAGUCCUCGGUGACGACGCGGAAGUGGUACAAUCCCAUGCUUAAUUGGAAGGAGUUUGCGGAGCGGAAUGGGAUUGCUGCGCCGGAGAAUAUUGAUCGAUUCUACAUCCCGGAUGACGCGGUGAAUGGUGCGAGUCGCCCUGUUGGUCUUGGAAGAGGGGGGCAGUAUCGUUAGCCAUCCAGGGGCUUUUGGAAUGGCAGAUUCAAGGUCACGCUCGGCGGUGCUACUGCGUUAUUCACUGGUGGUCGGGACGGCGGAUAUCGCGGCGCAUAACAGCAGGAUGUUUUUUGGUUUGUGUUACGUCUAUGACUGGAAAUCGUGAGUUGGGAUUUUGAAGCCUUAUUCGUGGAUUAGAAAGUUCGGGCGAGCUUGGAUAUCACUAAGUCCACGAGAACUGCGAGGUCGGUUACGCCAAAGAUCUAUACAAACAAAAGUGCGCUGUUGAAAGCCAGUAUUCUACCCUAAGUGGCCCAGAUCCAACCAUUAUCGUCCGAUCCCAGCCUGUCAAACACACGUAGGUAUACACAUGAUCAUACACUCAUCUUCAUCGCAAUCAUCUUAUGCGGCGUAUACCCCACAACC